AUGGCGCUCAUCCCGCAUCCAGGGAUCUGGAUCCGGCUCACACCGGGGUCUGUGGGGGCAUCAUCGCCCCCCUCUGACGCCUCGGAUCCCACCAGCGGUGAUGACUCUGGCAGCGACUUUGAGGCCACACUGCAGCCACACGGCAAACGGGGACCACAGCAGGGGCCGAACCACAGCCAUGUAUGUCCUGACCCCCCCUUCUCCCCAUUCCACACGUGGGUGCUGCCCCACGGCAUCCCCAACCCCUGUGCAAUGGGGCUGCCCCCAGGUCAGGAAGCGUCCCCGGGUGAUGGAGCCAAACGGUGGAUGCCAGCAGCACAUCCACAGGUCAACCCGGAGCCAAACACCCUAUUUGAAGCAUUAAAUCAGCCAAAAUUCGCCAUACAGACAGUGGUGGACGACUGGUUGGAGACCUACAAGCAAGACCGUGAGACAGGGUUCUUGGAGCUCAUCAACUUUAUUGUCGCUUCCUGCGGUUGCCAAGGUGUGGUGACACCGAACAUGUUCAGGGACCUGCAGAACUCGACAUCAUCCAGCAGACUGACGGAGCAGUUCAAGGAGUAUCCCCUUUACUCAACACCCGACCCUGGCGCCGUUUCCCGGGCCGGGUUUUGCGAGUUGCUGACAGCAGUGGUGCAGCAGUGCCAGUACAGCAUCAUCUAUGAUGAAUUCCUGAUGGGUUCCCUCAUCAGCUUCCUCAUCAGCCUCACCGAUUCCCAAGUACGGGCUUUCCGUCACACCAGCACCCUGGCAGCCAUGAAGGUGAUGUCGGCGCUGGUGAAGGUGGCAUUGGGUGUGAGCGUGCAGCAGGAGAACAACCUGCGGCAGUACGAGGCCGAGCAGAGCAAGGGGCCCGGCCGCCGCGGCACCGAGAGGCUGGAGGCAUUGAUGGUGAAGCGCCAGGAGCUCAGAGAGCAGCAAGAGGAGAUCGAGAACUUGAUGAACGCCAUCUUCAAGGGCGUCUUUGUGCAUCGCUACAGGGAUGUGGUGCCAGACAUCCGAGCCAUCUGCAUGGAGGAGUUGGGGACGUGGAUGAAGACCUACGCGGCUUCCUUCCUCACCGACAGCUACCUCAAGUACAUUGGGUGGACGCUGUAUGACAAGCAGUGGGAGGUGCGCCUGCAGUGCGUGAAGGCAUUGCAGGGGCUCUACGGCCACCGGGACACGGCUGCACACAUGGAACUCUUCACCAGGCGCUUCAAGACACGCAUGGUGUCCAUGGUGCUCGACAAGGAGCUCAGCGUGGCCGUGGAGGUGGUGAAGCUGUUGACACUGAUGCUGGAGAACAUGGAGGAGGCGCUGACGGAUGAGGAUUGCCAGAGUGUCUACCCUGUUGUCUUUGUAUCCAACCGGCCUCUGGCCACUGCCGCUGGGAUUUUCCUCUACCGCCGGGACAACAGGACCUUCUUUCAGGUCCUUCUGACCUUCUUAAUCGAGAUCGAGCUCCAUGAGCACGCAGCCUACUUGGUGGACAGCCUGUGGGACUGCGCUGGGCCUCGGCUGCGGGACUGGGAGACCAUCAGUGCUUUGCUGCUGGAGGAGUCGCGUGCUGAGGGUAUGGUGCUGGUGGGAGACACCAGAAUGUCUGGGGAGACCAGCAGGAGAAGGGCGCUGGUGGAGAUCCUGGCAGCCAGCGUGGUCCAGGCGGCUGAGGGACAACCACCUGUGGGCCGUGAGCCAGCCAAGAAGGUAAUUUCAUCCCGAGAGCGGAAGGCGCAGAUGGAGGAAAGAAUCCGCCUUACCCACUGCCUUAUCCCAGCUCUUCCCAAGCUGCUGGGCAAGUUUUCAGCAGAUGCUGAGAAGGUGGCUCCGCUCCUGGAGGUCUUGUGCUGCUUCGAGCUCAGCAUCUACUGCACCGGGCGGAUGGAGAAGCACCUGCAGCUGGUGCUGGAGCAGCUGGAGGAGGUGGUGCAGAAACACACAGAGCAGAUGGUGCUGGAAGCCGCAUCCCGUGCGCUCCAUGCUCUCUGUGACCCUGAGCUGGCCCUGCAGCGGCAUGGGGACCGGGUCCGGAGCCGCCUGGCUGACCAGCUGGCAGACAAGUUCAACCAGGAGGUCACCGAGAUGCUCCAGGCCUCAUCCCUGGACGAGGAGGAAGUGUACAGCAUGGCAGCCACACUGAAGAGGAUCUCCAUCCUGUUCAAUGCCCAUGACCUGACCCCCUGGCAGCUCUUUGAUCCCUGCACCCAGCUCCUGCAGCGUGCCGUGGACACGGGCGAGGUGCCACCGCAGGUCCUUGUCCCCACCAUUACCUGCCUCUAUUUCCACAUCUUCUGGGAGCUCUCUUGCUUGCCCAGCACUGAUGUCCCUGAGGAGCAGCUACAGAGCCUGAAGACCAAAGUUACCACAUUCUGCUCUCUGUGCCAGAGCUGCCUGUCCGACGUGGACACUGGUGUCCGGGAACAGGCCUUCAGAGUGCUCAGUGACCUGCUGCUGUGUUGGGGCCGGCUGCCAGAGGACGGGCGAGAGGAGCUGGCUCCUCUGGUGCUACGUCCUGACGCUGAGCUGCAAUCCCAACUGGCUGCCUUCCUCAUGGACCACGUCUUCUACCCUGCUUGUAGCCACGAGGAGCAAUCGGCCACCGGUAGAGAGGACAGUGAGAGCCGCAUUGAGGAGCUGCACCGACGCCGCGUGCUUCUGGCCGGCUUCUGCAAGCUCAUCAUCUACGGUGUCCUGGAGCUCAGCACCGCUUCCGACGUCUUCAAGCACUACACCAAGUUCUACAGCGACUAUGGGGACAUCAUCAAAGAAACACUCAACCUGACCCGGCAGAUCGACCGACAGGAGUGGGCUCGCACCCUGCUCCUCAGCUUGCAGCAGCUGAUGACGGAGCUGCUGCACCAGGAUGGUCUCAACUUUCGGAUGACGGAAGCUUUCCAAGAUAUCCGGGACUUGGCACGAAGGUUUUCCCUCUUCUUCAGCCUCCAGCAGGUCCAAAGCCGCCCGCUGCUGCUCAACAUCCACAGGGAAGGGAUUCUGUUUGCUUUCCAGAAGGUCCCAGGCUCAGAACCGGGAUUGCCACCACUCAAUUUGCCCUUCCUGGAGGUGCUGGGCGAGUUUUCACUCUGGGUGCUGCGCCCGGAUAAAGCUUUGCUCUUAACCUACCUGGACAAGGUGUCCCGGGAGCAGCUCGGGGUGCUGGCACCGGGUGACACGGGGCAGUGGCAGUCCCUUGUCACCUACCGCAGCUCGCUACAGCCCCAGGAUGAGGGGGGGGCUGAGGAGAGCAGCCGUGGGGCAGCGCUCACCCCACACCACACCAAGAGACCCCGAGUGCAGGGUGAGGAUUGGGGUGCAAGGGGGGUCGGGGGGUCCUGGGGGUUGCAUCACUCCCAGCACCCAUCUGGGCUCUGUGGGGUUCGGGGGUCCCUCAUGCUCAACAUCCGCCCCGCAGGCCCCGACUCCAGCCCACAGCCGAGCACCCACCCCUCCAGCCCGGCCUUGACCUCCACCAUGUUACGGGGUGACCCCCGGCCCCCCCGGCCCUUGUUCUCCGGCUCCAUCCUCUCCUCACCGCAGCAUCAAUCGGGUGACUCUGUGGUGAGGGGGGCUCAGGGGGGGCAGGCGGAGGUUGGGGGUGAUGAGGGGAGCUUGUCUAUUGAGGGGCUUUGUUGGGGGGCAUGGCAUGGGUAA